UUUCAAAAUGGCGACUUCCAUGGAUUUGUUCCGGAAACUUGGCACAGGCUUGAAGUUUGAUUUGAAGCGUUUUAAAAGUGAUGCCGAAAAAUUUCAGAUUGUAAAAGCAAACCCAAAAAGGGCCUCCAAGCAGGAGCUGGAGAGAGCUUUGGACAUUUUUGGCUCCACAAAUUUCUCAUCCAGACCAGCGAAAGAUGGACGCAGCACGGAUGCACCUGUGCCCAUUCCUACUCCCAAACAAACAGAGGCGGAAGGGAGUAAACGCAAGUUGGAGGAGGGGCUCUCGGCAUCCAAGAGAAGGAAGAGUAAGAAGAGGAAACAUGAGGAGGAGGCGGGGAUGGACGAGAUGUCGGAGAAUGGAGGAGGGAUGCAGCUGAUGACAUCCUUGCAUUUUGACAAUAAAAGGGAGGACAACAGGAAGUUGCCGGCAGAAAAGGUGGCACAGAGGAGGCGAGAAGACGUCAAUGCAUUUAGACGGCAGCACAAGAUUCAUGUUUGGGGCACAGACAUUCCCGAUCCAGUGGGGACAUUCCAGGAACUGCAGACUGAAUACAGCCUGCACUCAGACAUCAUCGAGAACAUCCACCGAGCCGGCUUCGUAGAACCAACACAGAUUCAGAUGCAAGCGAUACCGGUCAUGCUACAUAGGCGAGAGCUACUUGCCUGCGCACCCACCGGGUCCGGCAAGACUGCAGCCUUUAUUCUUCCAAUCCUUGCCCAUUUGAAGGAGCCAAGAAAGAAGGGAUUCCGAGCUAUAGUGGUCUCACCAACUCGGGAGCUGGCCAGCCAGACCUACCGCGAGUUCCAGCGACUAGCCGAGGGACGAGGUCUGCGGAUCCACCUCAUCGAGAGCACAGCAAAAGCUGCCAAGAAAUUCAGUCCCGAGGCUUCCCAAAAGUUUGACAUCCUCGUCACAACACCCAACAGACUAGUAUAUCUACUGAAGCAGGAACCCCCAGGAAUCAAGCUCAACAGCGUGGAGUGGCUAAUCGUCGAUGAAUCAGAUAAGCUGUUUGAGGAAGGCAAGACGGGGUUCAGGGACCAGCUUGCGACGAUCUACCAGGCUUGCGACUCCACGCACGUGCGGCGUGCCAUGUUCAGCGCAACGUUCACCCACGAUGUCGAGCAGUGGUGCAAACUGAACCUAGACAGCGUUGUCAUGGUAACGGUUGGACAGAGAAAUACAGCCACAGAACUCAUUCAGCAAGAGAUGGUAUUCGUUGGUGGAGAAUAUGGCAAACUCCUUGCAGUCAGAGAAAUUUUCAGAAAAGGUUUCCAGCCACCCGUUCUCAUCUUUGUGCAAUCCAAGGAACGCGCCAAGGAGUUAUUUCAGGAGCUGAUCUACGACGGUUACAAUGUCGACGUCAUCCAUGCCGACAAGACACAGACACAGCGUGAUAACAUUGUCAAGUGUUUUCGCUCGGGUAAAAUUUGGGUCCUGAUUGCAACUGAGCUGAUGGGGAGAGGCAUCGAUUUCAAAGGCAUCAACCUUGUCAUCAACUAUGACUUUCCGACAUCGGCCAUCAGCUACAUCCAUCGGAUCGGUCGGACAGGGCGAGCAGGGAGACAAGGAAAGGCAGUCACUUUCUUCACCGAGGAUGACACAGUACAUCUUAGAAGUAUAGCCAAUGUGAUGCGGAACGCAGGUUGCCCCGUGCCAGACUACAUGCUCCAACUUAAGAAACUUACCAAGGUGAAAAGAAAGAAGCUUGAGAAGAAGCCUGUAAAGCGAGACACCGUCAGGACACUGCCAAAGCAAGACCUUGACAAAGCCAAAAGGAAGAAGGAAAUUAUAAAGAAAGCUUUGAAAGGGAAAAAGAAGAAACCCCGAAGGAGGAAAGGGUCAAGGGUCAUGCAGAAGGAGCCCCACAAAACCUUGGAGACUGAAACCCAUGAACCAAGAUCAAAGAGGUCAAAGGUCACCCAAGAGGAAAGUGGGAAGCCUGUGCUGUCUGGAGUCAAGAAGCAGAAAACAAGCAAACUAUCAAAGGUCAAAGUGCAUGAGGCUGUCUCUGGAGGAAAGAAAUCAAAGUCAACUAACACCAAAAGAAAAAAAAGAGACCAGAGCUACAAAGACAGUUGAGGCAAUGAAGAAAAGGAAAUCAAAAACAAAAGCAAACAAACAAACAAAUCGGUGUAAUAUGAACAAAACUGCUAAAGUUCAGUAAUGAACAGACUACCAAUUUUGACAUCACGAGAAACCAAUUACAUGUAUAAAUUAACCUUUGACCCUCCCAAACUCUGUGUUUUGUCUCUCAAUCUGCUCACUGUCACUGUUCAAAUACAAAGUCGGCCCCUAAAUGUUUGAACUCCGACAUAUUUCUCUUCUUUAAUACUUAAACAAAAUGUCACAUGUCUUCAUAGCAAGUUUGUUUAGUUUUGAAGAAUUCAUAUUUUAUUUCUUGACUCACUGCAAUUUGUAUUAAUUUCCCAUGAGUUGAAUUUAUUUCAGCGUUUCAGCUGCCAUUUUCUCGUCACUGGAAUCAUAUUUUGUGCCACUCCCUCACUCUCGGGAGCUGAACAUGAUUGAAAAAUGUUUUUGGAAAGGAGUGUAAAGAAAAUUCCAAAGGAAUGCAUUUAAGUCCCUAGUCUUGAAGAAUACUGUUUCUGGCACAUUUCAAAGAAAUAUAUUUUUAGCAGAAUGGGUUGCUUCUUGGCUAAGCUGUUUCUAAAGCCAUUAUGAAAGCCACUGGCUACUGGCUAUUAAAGUCAUUCCUAUUGACGUGGGAUACUCUCAGCUGUAGCCACUGUAGAUUUGGAAACGGCUUCAACCCACAUAUGCACACUCCCAGGCAUUCUCAGUCAGGAGUAGCCAGUGAUAAUCCCAGGUUGGUCACAGUUGGAAAGCUCAUGUUCCAAGUUAGAACAAGGCAUAGUACAAGUAGAAAGCUUCAAGAGCUUUUUGAGAUAUUCCAAGAAAUUGCAGUGAUUUUUUUUUAAGGUAACGGGAAAUAAAUUCCACCUUCUCCGUGGAGCAAUCAAAUCA